AUGUCCAUCGCCGCCGGCACAUGCGAAGCACUUUUCCCCAUCAUUGUCCAAGAGAUUUUCUUUCUGCACCAGCGGGGCAAGGCUGUUGCGGCAUUCUCUGCGCUACAGACUGUCGGAACCGCUGCCUUGAUAAUUGCGAGUCCGUACAUUGCGUCUGAUUCCCACCUUGGGUGGAGGUGGUGGUAUGGUAUUUUUGGAUGCGUCAGCGGGGCCAUCACUGUUCUCAGCAUCAUAUUUGUUAAAGAGACCAAGUAUGCCCGGUCCAUGGCAGCCCUAAAUGGCGAGGGGAUCGAAGUGAACGGCGUUCUGGUUCCUGUGACGACACGUACAACCCGUGAGAUUGAUGUCGUCAACUAUCGCUUACGCAGCUUCUUCCGAGACAUGGCACCCUAG